AUGUCCUUCGACGAGGAGGUCGACGGCGGCCCCACCGGCGAGAUGGAGACGGUGGAGUUGUCGUCGACGGAAGACGAAGGCGACGGAGGUGAGACGGUGACCCCCGUGGUCUCCUCUGACGAGGAGGGCACCCGUUGGGCCAACCAGGCCCGGAGGGGUUACCGUCAGGUAAGGCGGGUGGUGGAUGCCGAAAAGUAUAUAUCGUUCGGGUCGGCGGCCUCGUCGGAGAGACCGGAGGAUGAGGAAGUCAUCGAGGCCCGCCGACGGGCAACGGUCGACAGCGCCCUCGCAGCCGCCGUUGCCACCCACAUCGCCACCGAGGACGCCGCCACCACCACCGCCGCCGCCAAGGACACCGACGCCACCACCACCGCCGCCACCAAGGACACCAACGCCACCACCACCGCCGCCGAAGAGGACGCCGCCGCCGCCGCCAAGGACGCCCACGCCGCCGAGGAGGCCGACGCCACCGUCGCAGCCACCGCUGCCGCUCGAGUCGCCGCCGAGGACGCCGCCGCCACCACCGCCGCCGCGGCCACGGCUGCAAAGGCAGUCAUCGUGCCCGGUGGCAGCACCGCCAAGACGGCCGAUCUUGAUGCGGGGAUUCUCCCAGGAGGCAACCUGGGCAGAGGUCCCCGAGGACACGUGGCCGGACACGGUACGCGCGGAGGCGGAGCGGCAGCACCGUCGCGGGAGGACCCAGCGGUGGGCACGACUGAUGUGUGUGGAGGGGGUCCGCUACCGGGUGAAGGUAGCGGGCGGGGCGGUAAGGGUUUAUAA